AUGGGGUUGCUGGAUCUGAUGCUCCUCAUGCCCAUGAAGCGCCACCAGCGGGGCCAGCAGCGCCGCCGCCGGCAAGCCCAGGCCCAAGCCCGUGAUGGAUUAAUCACUUCAAGGGCUAAAAGAAAGGGCUCACCCUGCCAACGAGAUGACGAUUCUCAGGGUGCUGACCUAGAGAUACAUUCAGGACCAAGCCUUCCAGAGGACAUCUGGCAUCAUAUACAUUCCCUGAUGCCAAUGCGGGAUGCUGCCCGAGCUGCCUGCGUCUCUCGCUCCUUUCUACAUUCCUGGAGAUGCCAUCCCAACCUCAAUUUCAGCAAUGGCACAUUGGGCUUGAAUGAAAAUGCAUCUCAAGAGGAUGAAUCUGGUCGAGUUUUCUACAUUAAAGUUGACAACAUUCUGCAAAAGCACUUAGGCGGUGUGAAGAAACUCAAGAUCCAGAUUGAUUCAGAUUAUAGUGCAAAGGACUCUCGUUACCUCAACAAUUGGCUUCAGACUGCUGUUACACCAGGGAUUGAAGAGCUAAAACUUAUACUGUUCCCACACGAUGCAAAAUAUAAGUUCCCAUGCUCAGUUUUGUCAAAUGGUAGUGGGGACUCAAUCCAACAUCUUCACCUUGGCAACUGUUCCUUUCACCCAACAGUCACACUUGGUGGCUUAAGAAGUCUCACAAGACUGCAUCUUUGUCAUGUGCGCAUUACGGGAGACGAGUUAGGGUUCCUUCUUUCCCAUUCUCUUGCUUUGGAGUGGUUGGAACUCAGUUCCUGUGGCAGAAUAGUUUGCCUGAAGGUACCUCGCCUACUACAGCGGCUCAGCUACCUGGAGGUGAGCGGGUGCACCAAGCUGAAAUUGGUAGACAAUGAAGCACCGAACAUUUCCAGUUUUACAUUUUUAGGAGACAACACAGUACAGCUAUCACUUGGAGAAACUUUGCAAAUGAAGAGCCUAACGAUGAUCCGCCCCGGUUCAGUUUUUUAUGCUCGUGCUGAACUUCCAUCCAGCAUGCCAAAUCUCGAAGCUCUUAGCAUAUAUUCACAGGAAGAGAGGGCCCAUGCACCAAUGCUGCAUAGUAAAUUCAUCCACCUCAGGCACUUGAGCAUGGUUCUUACUGGAGCACUCCUUUACCCGAUGUAUGAUUAUUUGUCAUUGGCUUCCUUUUUAGAUGCUGCUCCUUCUCUGGAGACCUUUGACUUGAAUUUAUGGCAUGGAUACGUGGGGAAUGGUUCGAUUUUCACGGCUCGUGGAGGUCUGAGGCAGAUGCGAGAACUGCAGCAUCACAACCUUAGGAGUGUGAGGAUCACAGGAUUUUGCUCUGUGAAGAGCUUGGUUGAGCUGACAUGCAAUAUUCUUGAGAGUAUAACGUCACUUGAGUGCUUGAAAUUGGAGUCCACUCAGAGCGUUCUUAGGUGUUCUGACCGUGACAAUAAAUCUGGCAAAUGCUUCCCACUUGAUAGCGAUAUUCUCACGGAAGGUUACAGGGGAGUCUUGGCUAUCAGAAGGUAUAUUGAGCCGAGGGUCCCCUCCACAGUGAAGCUGCAAGUUUUAGAGCCUUGCAGCUGCCAUGCUGCUGUACUUUAG